UUAUUUCAGGCAGGAAUUUUUAAAUCAGUCUAUUGUCUAUAUCAUAGCUACAAUGUUGUUUUCAUUAUUCGAGAUAUAAUAUGAUGUGACGGGCGAAGGUAAAUAAUUAAUUUGGAAAAGAUGGAAACCUUCGUCUUCGGAAUGUCAAUAAGUUUACUGUUUUCACAUUGUUCUAGUUUUGAAUUUCUUUGUCCUAAAGACGUUUCUCAGAUGACAUUAAGAGCGGAGAUCUGUAAAAACUCAUCAAAGUAUAUGUGUUUCUAUGAUAUGAAUAAACAAACGUAUACAGAAUUUUGCAACAAAACAGACGAAAUUCAACAAGAAGGUUUAAAGACUGUUGUAAGAGGAAGUUUCGAUGGUGUACCGUGUGAUAAGAACCAUUACCAGCCGUUCAAAUACAGUUCUGUUAAUGGAGACUCGUGUGUUUUUCUCAAAUCUGUUUGCAACGAAGAAGGUCAGAUUGAAAGCACUGACAGAUGGCCGACGACAUCAGAUAUAACUUGUCGUUGUGAUUACAGAUUUGGUUAUAGUUUCGUAUCACAGCCAAAUAAACCAUGUGUAUGUGUGCCUUAUGAAGAAGAUUGUUCUUGUUAUUAUAACGAUUGUGGUAAAGAUCAAGUACUUACACCAGAUUAUGUUUGCAUGCAUCCAGAUAACAUUACAGCACACUUUAACAUGUUCGAGUGUCCAUUGAUAAAUGAAUCGAAGUCAACUAAAACCAAAAAGAAUUACGUUAUCAAUAAAUCUGACGAAGAUAUAUGUCAACGACAGAAAGAACAGAAUGCAUUGAUCAUAGUAUUGAUGUUUGUAGUUGGAAUCCUAUUUGAUAAAAAAAGGAUAACAAAUGGCGGAAGUCAGAAAAAUGAGGAAAUGUUUAAAUGUAUGUGUGCAGUUACCUAAUCAUGUGCUGUGUAAAUAACCAAUUGUUCAAGUACUGUUGUAAAUGGACGUUGAAUAUGCCGCCAAGUAAAACUGACUUAAAACGGACGAAAUAAAAUAUGUUUUGGCUAAACCGCUUUUGUGGCCGCUAUGUACUCGUUAAACACCUUAUAGGAAACGUAAACAAUUGUAUUUUGCCUGUGAAGUAAUAAACAAUUGUGUUGUUUCUUUUUGUUUUUUGUUUUUUUAUAGUUUAUUGAUAUAUUUUAGUACUCAAACAUGUAUUGUUUAAAUGUGAAAUUUAAUAAUUAAUAAACAAUACGCUGUAUCAUGUUCUCAAAUAGUUGGCAUAACAAAUGUAUUCUUUUUUAUCUAUAAACACCUUUGAUUUAUUGAGAUAUGUUAUUAUUUUUUUAUAUAUGUAAAUGUUAGUCAUACAUGUACCUGUAUUGUGUUUAUUACUACAAUUAUUUCAAAAAUAAGUUAUGGUUUGCUACACAUUCAAGACUGAAAAAAUAGUUUAGAAAAAAUUAAUAAAAUGUCUCUCUUUGAAAGCUGUUUUAUUAUGAGUCAGUCAAAAUCAGUAAAAACUUUCUUAUUCAUUUAAUUGACAAAGUUAACAACUAGUACAAUUAAGUUGUUGAUUUUUUUGCUUUCAAUCAUCUAGCUCUCGACAAUUGUAAAUGUACUUUCACAAAAUCUAAUAUAUACUGCAAUAAAUCUCCUUUUUUUAAAUCAGUUAUUUCAGUUUUAUAAAAGAAACUAUUUUCAGGCAUGAACGAUGAAAGAGACGAUUAUGUAUGUUAUUGUUAUUAUUUCCUUUUCGGAUUGUGAUGAUUCUUUACGGUUUUUAAAUAAACUAAUUAGUUUAAUAGUUCCUGCAGAAAUAUAUUAUCACAAAAGUAAUAGCAUAAUGUUAUAGAGUCGUGAACUCAGAUACAAUUCUUUUAAACUAAUUGAUUCAAUGUAUAAUCUUAGAGGUUAUCAAUAAAAGAUUGUAGUUUGGUUUUUAAUAAUAAAUAUUCGUCGUCACUUACAUUGGUUUGGUAACGGAUAUAUUAAAUCAUAACUCUAUGUGCAUUCCUCAGCAGCUAAGAACACGAAUGGGUCGACUACCUCUCAUAAGUUAUAUUUUGCAUUGCAUAGACUUGGUUAUACUAAGAGAAUUAAGAUAAGACAUUAUACAUUAUGUGCGUCCGAUGAUCUUUCUAAAUUAACCAUCACCAGGAACGCAUAUUUCGGCGUAUUUUUUAGAAUUGAUACUGGUAUUCUAGUUGUACUAUAACGUUACUUGUCAAUAAAAAGUGUUUUCUGUUUUGAAUAAUAAAACAUUAAAAAGUUGGA